AUGGCUGAAACUCAAUCUCCCACACCCAUCAUAAGCAUAAGCACAACACAUGAUGAUCACCCUUCACAAGUUGGUGGGUUCGAUUGGAUGGUUCUUGUGGCAGCCAUAUUAUGUGCCUUUGUUUGUGCUCUUGGCCUUAACACUAUGUUACAAUGUGUGUUUCAAUGUGCUGGUCGUGUCCUCACACAACCUUGUCAAUGGAUUGCUUCUCGUAGGCUCAAUUCAGGGCUCAAAAGGAAUGAAAUGGUUGCUUUGCCAACCUCAACUUACACCAACUCUACUUCUUCAUCUUCACCUUCUAAUAAUAAUUGUGUCAUUUGCUUGGCUGAGUUCUCUGACGGGGACCAAAUAAGGUUCCUCCCCAAGUGCAACCACUAUUUCCAUGUUGUUUGUAUAGACAAAUGGCUUCUAUCUCAUUCCUCUUGUCCUACUUGCAGACACCUACUUAAGUCUAAUGAUUCUGUUCACUCCUUGCAUAUUGUCAUAGCUUAG